GCAUUCUGCGCAAUCCAGAGGCAGUACAAGAAAUGAAGGACAUAGCAGAUGCUGAUAAGUUUUUUAAUGUAUCCAGUUACGCUGCCUUAUACGACAUCCUUUCUCACAUGGAACUAAGCAUAACUGGAAUUGCAGAUGCCGGGACAGAGAUUGCUUUUGUGCUCGAUGGUUCUGCCAGCAUUUAUCCGGAUGACUUUCAGAGAGCCAAAGACUUUAUCUGCAAUGUCAUGACAAAUGUUUGGAAAACAUGUUUUAAUUGUGCUUUUGCAAUAGUGCAGUACGGAAGUGGGAUUAGGACUGAACUCCCACUUCAAGACAAUAAGGAUGCCAAGAGGACCUUGGAAAAAGUCAAGGAAAUACAGCAAAUUGGCAGUAUCACAAAGACCGCCUCAGCCAUCCACCACGUGCUUACAAAUGUUUUCAUCCCUGAAAGUGGAUCAAAAAGUAACUCCAAUAAAAUUAUAAUCGUAUUGACUGACGGAAAGAUGUUGGGAGACCCAAUGAACCUUACUGAUGUUUUGAAGAUGCCAGAAAUGAAGGGAGUAACUCGCUUUGCCAUAGGAGUUGGUGAUGCCCUUUUGUCUGAUCCCGAGGCAGUUGAAGAGAUGAAGGAGAUAGCAGGAAACAAUCAGUUUUUUAAAGUUUCUAAUUAUGCUGCCUUAGGUGACAUCCUUUCUCAAGUGGAACAAAGCAUUAAAGAUUGAUGUUGGCGGCUAACAACAUGAUAUUUGAUAUGGAGGACCAAAGGGAGCGUUACCAAACUCAUGAUCAAAAACAAAAGUAUGAAACUCCAGCUAUAGGUUAUUACAGUAUUAGUUAACUGUUAAUUGUUAUAGUAUACUAUAAUUACAAAUCACAGUUCAUAUUUGACACAGGACAAAUCUGUACAACAUUCUGAGAAGAAAUAUUUAACUGUAAAGUUACCUUUAACUGUGUACUCAAAUUAGUUUUGCCUUCAAUACAUUUAAAUAAAGGUAGGAUGUAAAGGGUCAAUGGAUUUGUCCAAAAUAAUGAAUGUUAUCACUAUGGAAUCAUUCCUAACAAUGUUUUGUUUUUGUACUUUAAAAUGAGAUUGCAAUUGUUGUAGUUUUUGUGUAUCCAAGAGAUUACUGGAGAGUGCAGACAGCCAUCACUAGCUACGUUUACAUGGACACCUUUUCCCUCUGAAUUAAAUCAUUUUGAUUGAUGAAUCCUA